AUGGCUUCAGUUCAGCCUGCGGGCCCGGUACAUAUGCCGGGCGCUGGUCUCCCCAGCUUGCCCUCCAAUCUGACCCAGCAGCAGGUCAAAGAUGUCUACCAGAAAUUCCAAGAGAUGAAAAAGAACAACACGCCUACGACCGAUCCCGAGUUCAUCAAAACAUCAAAUUUCCUGGCGAGCUUUCAGCAACAUCAGCGCAUGCGGGCGAAACAGCUUGACAGCAGCAGCAGCAGCAGCAGCAGCAGCAGCAACAACACCAACAGCAACAGCAGCAGCAGGGCGCCGUUGCUAACGCCGGGUCCACAGGCCUCGCCGUCUUCAACCUCCCUUGGGGCUUCAGCUCUUCCCGCCGCGUCUGGAGACGCUUCAAAUGCGGCUGCCUCGUCAACUUCAAGUGCUGGCACGGGCCAGUUCACGCAGGCACACCUUACUCUACUUAGGCAGCAGAUCGCGGCCUUCAAGUACCUGAGCAGAAACUUUGGAGUACCCGCACAGAUGCAAAAUGCCCUUUUUGCACACCGACAGCGGCGCCAGGCUUUGGUCGCGCAGCAAAUAUCUCAACCGUCGUCGACCCCGACCACACAACAAACGCCAGGCAAGGCUGGUCCGAGUGGAUCGGAGCCGCCAAAGCCCGAAGAAGCCGCUCAGAAGCCUCCUGCGCAUGAGUUCAAGACGCUGAAACGGCCUGAUACGAUGCUGGCGGAUACCGUCAGCUUCUUCAAGCAUGCACGGCGGGACCAGCGGCUGUUCAUUCCUGGCCUCUUCCCGCCGGGUGUUGAUUUUGACCAGCUGAGGGCGGACCGGGAGAAGAUCAUGUUCAGCAGGAUGAGUGCCCGGUUCCACGAGUUGAAAAAUCAACCAAGCAACCUGGCACACUGGGACACCUCCGAGGAUAGCCUCGAGGUUGAUGACAGCCUCAGGCGGAAGGCCAUCAUCGAGAUGAAAUCAAUCGCGUUGUACUCCAAGCAGAGGAGACUGCGUGAGCUGAUUGGGCGGCAGAUGAUGCAGUACGACAACCUCGCGACCACGACAAACCGCAGCCAGUACCGCAGGCUCAAGAAGCAGAGUGUGCGUGAGGCUCGCAUCACCGAGAAGCUGGAGAAGCAGCAGCGUGACGCAAGGGAGAACCGUGAGAAGAAGAAGCACUCUGACUUCCUGCACGCCGUGUUCAACCACAGGCAUGAGAUCCUGUCGACCGGCGCCAGCCAGCAGAAUAAGAUGGGCAAAAUGGGCAAGCUCAUGUACAACCACCACUUCAACAUCGAGAAGGAAGAGCAGAAACGUAUUGAGCGGAAUGCCAAGCAGCGUCUGCAGGCUCUCAAGGCCAACGACGAGGAGGCAUAUCUCAAGCUGCUCGACCAGGCCAAGGAUACGCGUAUCACUCACCUGCUCAAGCAGACAGACGGCUUCUUGGGGCAGCUCGCCUCGUCCGUCAAGGCCCAGCAACGGUCUGCCGCAGAGCGUUACGGCGACGAGUCCGGCGAAUUCCUCAACGAGGAGGAGAGCGAAGACGAGGAAGAGGAAGAGGAGAACAGAGGCAAGAUCGAUUACUAUGCUGUUGCUCAUCGCAUCAAGGAAGAAGUGACCGAACAGGCUAGCAUCCUGGUGGGUGGUCGGCUCAAGGAGUACCAGGUCAAGGGUCUGCAGUGGAUGAUAUCACUGUACAACAACAACCUGAACGGUAUUCUUGCAGACGAAAUGGGUCUCGGCAAGACGAUCCAGACCAUCAGCUUGGUCACCUACCUGAUCGAAAAGAAGCAGCAGCUCGGUCCUUACCUCGUUAUCGUCCCGCUCAGUACGUUGACGAACUGGAAUCUCGAGUUCGACAAGUGGGCUCCGACGGUCAGUAAGGUGGUGUACAAGGGGCCGCCCAAUACUCGAAAGUUGCAGCAGGAUAAGAUCCGCCAGGGGAGAUUUCAGGUUCUGCUCACCACCUACGAAUACAUCAUCAAGGAUCGCAACAUUCUUAGCAAGAUCAAGUGGUUCCACAUGAUUAUCGACGAAGGUCACCGCAUGAAGAACGCCAACUCGAAGCUCAGCGCAACCAUCCAGCAAUACUACUCGACCCGUUUCCGUCUCAUCCUCACGGGAACUCCUCUCCAGAACAACUUGGCAGAACUCUGGGCCAUGCUCAACUUCACACUACCAAACAUCUUUAAGUCAGCCAAGACUUUCGACGAGUGGUUCAACACUCCCUUUGCCAACACUGGAAGCCAAGACAAGAUGGAGCUGACAGAAGAAGAGCAAAUCCUUGUCAUUCGACGUCUGCACAAGGUUCUGCGCCCCUUCCUGCUCCGUCGUCUGAAGAAGGACGUGGAGAAGGACCUGCCUGACAAGACCGAGAAGGUCGUCAAGUGCAAGUUCUCUGCCCUGCAAGCUCGCUUGUACAAGCAGAUGUUCUUCCACAACAAGUUCGCUGUCAGCGAUGGUAAGGGUGGCAAGACGACAGCAAAGGGUCUGAGCAACAUGAUGAUGCAGCUCCGGAAGCUCUGCAACCACCCGUUCGUCUUUGAUGAGGUCGAGAACCAGAUGAAUCCGGCCAAUACAUCCAACGAUCUGCUGUGGAGGACUUGCGGCAAGUUCGAGCUGCUUGAUCGUAUCCUGCCAAAGUACCAAGCCACAGGCCAUCGUGUUCUCAUGUUCUUCCAGAUGACGGCCAUCAUGGAUAUCAUGGAGGAUUUCCUUCGGCUGCGAAACAUUCAGUUCCUCCGCCUCGACGGUACGACCAAGUCGGACGAGCGUAGUGAUCUGCUUUAUGAGUUCAACCGGCCCGACUCGCCAUACUUCAUGUUCCUGCUCUCGACUCGUGCCGGUGGUCUUGGUCUCAACCUCCAGACUGCUGAUACUGUCAUUAUCUAUGAUUCCGAUUGGAACCCUCAUCAGGAUUUGCAGGCUCAGGAUCGUGCGCAUCGUAUUGGGCAAAAGAACGAGGUCCGCAUCCUGCGUCUGAUCAGCUCGAACUCUGUUGAGGAGAAGAUCCUGGAGCGAGCUAGGUACAAACUCGACAUGGACGGCAAGGUUAUCCAGGCAGGUCGUUUCGAUCACAAGUCUUCCGAGACUGAACGUGAUGCCAUGCUCCGGACGUUGCUUGAAUCUGCAGACCUCGCCGAGGCUGGCGAGCAGGAGGAGAUGGACGACGAGGAGCUGAACAUGAUCCUCGCGCGUAAUGAUGACGAGCUCGUGACCUUCCAGAAGCUUGACGAGGAAAGAUCAAAGGACCUCACCUACGGAAAUGUGCCGGGGUCCAAGAAAGUUCCCCGCCUUAUGACGGAAGACGAACUGCCGGACAUUUACCUCAACGAGGACAAUCCAGAGCAGCCGGAAGAGACGGACACAAUCCUCGGACGCGGUGCCCGUGAAAGGACGAAGGUGCGGUAUGAUGAUGGCCUGACUGAAGAGCAAUGGCUUAUGGCUGUCGAUGAUGAUGAUGACUCGCCCGAGGCAGCGGCUGCUAGGAAACAAGCCCGCAAGGACAAACGGGAGCAGAACAGGAUGAAGAAGAUCGGUGUGCUGAACGGUUCCGAAGGUUCUCCUGCGGCCAGCAGAGCUAGCAGCGAAGAGCCUCCAGAGACACCCGCUAAGAAACGUGGCCGCAAGUCCGGCGGCAAGAAUGAGAAGAGGAAGGCGGAGGAAGGCGACGAUGAGCCUCCGCCAAAGAAGCGCCGGGGUCCGCAAGGUCGAGUCAAGGCCGUUGCUGCGGCCAGCGGGGAGCAGAAGAUGAGCCUUGAACAGCGUGCGCUGCUGCAAAGAAGCCUGCGCUCUCUCUUUGACAAAUUGAUGAACCUGGAGGUAGACGACCCUGACCCGGAGCCGGAGGAGGACGAUAAGGACGACGACGACGAGCCUCCGAAGCGUCUGAUCAUUGGGCCGUUUAUCAAACUGCCUCCUAAGAGAGACUAUGCCGACUACUACGUCGUCAUCCAGAGUCCUAUCUGCAUGAACCACAUUGAGAAGAAGAUCAAGAAGGAGGAAUACAACAGCCUCAGCGACAUGCGCAAGGACAUCGAGCUCAUGUGUAACAACUGCAGAACCUACAACGAUGACAGUGCACUGAUCCACAUGGACGCCACAACCAUUCAGAACUUCUUCACGAAAGAGUAUGAGCAGCUGCUACAGGACAACCAGGAUUUGAAUGAGCUGGAGGAUUCGUCGUCGCAGAAGGAGACAUCUGCACCGCCCACGACGAGUGCGGGCACUCCACAGCCCCGCAUCAGGCUGAUCAACAACUCAGCCAACAACACCAAUGGCGCGGCAAGCAGCGCUGCUCGUAGCGAGGACGGCGAUGACUAG